GCUCAAACGCAAGGAGAAGACAAUUCCACUCUCUGGAGCAGCGCCCAGUUCCUGCAUCAUCCCAAAAGCCACGCAAAGUUGUACUUGCAACUCUUUGUUUACCCUUGGAACAGCUAAGAUUUAUUGAGAGAAGAGGAGGGAUAAGAACAGAGAAAUGGGGAUUCCUUUGACCAAAACUAAUUGAAGGAUUUUUUUUGUAUGAGUGCUUAUUUUGUUGAUUGCUUCCGUGCUGUAUCUUAAAGACGCAGAAGAGAUUGGAACGAAGAAAUAAAUUAGGAUCCACGGCCGCACCUCCUCCUCUUCCUUCAAUAUCCGUUUUUUAUCUGUCCCGAAAGAGAGGAGGAAGAAAAAGGAUGUUUUUUUCCCCUCUGAAUCAAAUUGAAAAAUGGAUCUUUGGUUGAUUAUUGAUAUCUAGGGCGCAGUGGCCACCUCCUCUCUUCUUCCUUCGCCUCCUCUCUUUUUCGGUUCCUCCAAAAACUCUUUUCAUUUCCCUGAUACCUUGUUCUUCCUGCAAUGGCCGUGGAUCACAGCUCCAUCCCCAGGGAUCUCCGCCCCUCCGCUGCCCCCGGCCGGGCCCAACCUCCCCCUCCCUGGGUCCUCCCCGGUGGGCCCCUCUUCUCCCCCGCGGCCGCUGUGGCCGGCGGCAAUCUCUCCCCCAGGAAAGUCAAGCUCCUCUGCAGCUUCGGCGGUCGGAUCCUCCCCCGGCCCAGCGAUGGCGCCCUCCGCUACGCCGGCGGACACACCCGCAUCAUCUCCCUCCGGAAAGAUGUCUCCUUUCCCGAGUUCGUCGGCAAGAUGGCUGAGGCGGUGGGUGCGUCCGCCGUCGCCGUGAAGUACCAGCUGCCCGGUGAGGACCUCGACGCCCUCAUCUCGAUUUCUUGCCCCGAGGAUCUCGUCAACAUGAUGGAGGAGUACGACAAGCUCGCCACCGCCUCCCCCGAUGGCUCUGCGAAACUCCGAGCUUUCCUCUUCUCCCCUUCCGAUCUCGCUUCUGCGGAUCCUUCCCUGCACCUCGGCGCCGUCGAUGAUGUCGGCCAGAGGUACUUUGAGGCCGUCAACGGAUUCGCCGUGUCCGAUGGAGGCGGAGGCCCGCUGCGAAAGAGGGACAGCGGUGCGAGCGCCGCGUCUUCCACUCAGAACUCCGACAGCACCACUAUUGGUGAUGCUGCAGAAGAUGGAGCCAGCGAAGGUAUGUCGCCCUCGCUUCCUUCUCCUGUGGUCGAUUGGCCACACGACGCACCGAGAUCGGUGUAUCCCGGCGUAAACAAUCCAAUUGUGUCCCCUGAUUCCCCCGUUGGGAUUCCGAGUGGCAGUGUUUUGGCUCCAGGAAUGGGUGUUCCAGCUCAAAACGCGCCCUUUUCUCGGCUGGAGAAGCUUCCCAUGGUCGUGCCUUAUACGCCUCCGGCAUAUGUUGAGCCUCACCAGCUUCAAUAUAUUACUCCUCAGCAUUUAGGGUUAAUGGCGGGGCUGCAACCGAUCAAUGUAGCUCCAGUCACAAUGGCUUCCUAUGUGCCUGGUGGUGUUUCAAGUAGUAUGUUAUCGGUAACUUCUCAAGUUGAUAACCUGCAAGCAAUCCAACCAAGGUUGGUCCCUGGUUUGGAAAAUCCAUAUGGAGGAAGGAUCUCACCUGUUGCUGCUGAUCAGAACCUUAAGGCCUUUCAGCCUCUCUCUCAGCUUCCACCUCUGCCUCCAACAUACCUGCCACCGCCACUGCCACCACCUUUGCCACCAUCAAUUUUGGAGGAUUGCCUUAUGUGCCAGAAAGCAUUGCCGCAUGCUCAUUCAGAUACGCUGGUACAGGAACAUGGAAUUGAGACCCUGGAUAACUUUCAUGAAGUAGGUAAAAUGUUUUAUAGUCAGCGGUCUGAGGAUCUUGCGAAGCACAGGGUCGCCACUGUGGUAACCGGAGCUCCGGCCAGCAACAUGAUGGAGCCGAGUGUGGAGAGCUUGAACACCUUAAAUCAGUCAGCAGGUUCACCUCUCCCUCAUAUUACGGAGUUACGACAUGCCAACGAGAGGCCUAAUGCGAAGAAGGCAGAUGAUUGUCCUGGUGUGGUUGAGUUGCCUGCUGAAGCAAACACAUUAAUUUAUGCUGAGAAUCCUUCAACCCAGGAUCAUGCACAUCAAUUUACAGAUCACAAUGUGGAACCUGUUAAAGGCAAGAUGGUGACACUUAGCUCGAGUCCAUUUGGGCCAUCCAAAACUAUUUGUCAAGGAAGACCUGCUGUAGCCCUUUCAGAUGAUCCAAGUGAUGUAAAACUUGAUGUCCCAUAUCUGGUUGUACAAAAUGGUCACAAAGUCAUACCUCAGUCUGGAGAUAAUGCUCUCCUCAUUGGUAACUCCACUGUGAAUGACAGAUUUAUUCCUGAAGGAAAUUAUGCCAAGCCAAUCGAGCAACCACCGUCAGCCACUUCAGAGUUUACCCAGUUGCAAAGUUUACUAAAAGAUUAUGAAUUAAACCAAGGAAUGAAGACCAUAGAAAACUAUGGUCCAUUCCCAUACAGUCAAGGAAUUGGGAUUGAACAUUCAGCUCCAUAUGAAAACUUCCAUACCAAUGUUAGCAAUACUAAUCCAUUUACAGCCUUUGAAAUUUAUUCUUCUCAGUUGCCUUCCAGAAAGAAACCCAAUAAUUUAGCUGUGUAUCCAGGUGGUAGCAUUCCAUUUCCAUUAUCCAGUUUGAGCAACCCUAGUGAGAAUACUGAGAGUUUCAGUGAAAUAAUGGCUUCAGACAGAGAUUUUUAUGAUCAGGAUCCUUUUGAAGUUCUUGGGCAUGCUAAUGUGCCACAACCAAGGCCUAACAGGAUAGUAAGCAAGGAGUCUGUUGUUCUGAAUGAUCCUUGCAUUGCACACCAUCGUACUAAUAAGUCAGAUAUCAUUGCAAUGUUAGAGGAAGGUAAUUUUCACCAUCCUGCAGACUCUAUGAUAAAGGACUUGUAUCUUGAGCCUGAUAGACUCACAAAAGCCUCUGAAGAGGAGCGGAUCAAGCAACAACUGCAGGCUGUUGCUGAGGAUGUUGCAGCAUUAGCUCUUCAGCCUUCUGUGCCUACUGCCUCUGUAGCUCUUGGAACACAGAAUCUAGGGAGUAUCGAGGGUAGUAAAGAGCUGGAGAAGGCUAUUGUUGAUGAAGAAAUUGAGGAAUCCAUAUCCACACAGCUGGAUGAAGAAAAUUCUCGUGUCCAGUUAUCUGAAGACAUAGGACAUCUGCAGAUAAUAAAUAACAGUGAUCUUGAGGAAUUGCAAGAACUGGGUUCUGGGACCUUCGGAACAGUAUAUCAUGGAAAAUGGAGGGGUACUGAUGUUGCGAUAAAACGAAUCAAUGAUAGAUGCUUUGCUGGGAAGAAAUCAGAAGCAGAACGCAUGAGGGCUGAUUUUUGGAACGAAGCCUGUAAGCUCGCUGAUCUGCAUCACCCAAAUGUUGUAGCAUUCUAUGGUGUUGUUCUUGAUGUCCCUGGGGGUACUAUUGCAACUGUAACAGAGUAUAUGGUUAAUGGUUCUCUUCGACAGGCUUUGCACAAAAAUGACAAGGCAUUUGACCGGAGAAAGCGUCUUCUAAUUGCCAUGGAUGUUGCAUUUGGGAUGGAAUACUUGCAUGCAAAAAAUAUUGUGCACUUUGAUUUGAAAAGUGAUAACUUACUUGUCAACUUGAGAGAUCCUCAACGUCCUAUAUGCAAGGUUGGUGACUUGGGUUUGUCCAAGGUGAAAUGUAAAACCCUGAUCUCUGGUGGUAUGAGGGGAACACUUCCUUGGAUGGCUCCAGAGCUCUUAUAUGGCAAUGACAGUCUUGUUUCUGAGAAGGUUGAUGUGUUCUCCUUUGGCGUCAUGAUGUGGGAAAUCUUAACUGGAGAAGAGCCAUAUGCGGACCUGCAUUAUGGUGCCAUUAUUGGUGGAAUACUGAGCAAUACAUUGCGGCCUCCUGUGCCUGAGUUUUGUGGUUCCGAAUGGAGAUUAUUGAUGGAGCAGUGUUGGUCGGCCGAACCUCAGGAGAGGCCAAGCUUCACGGAGAUCACAAAUAGGUUGCGCUCUAUGGCAGCUUCGAUCGUCCACAAAGGACAGCCUCAAGCACGUAAAUGAUCUCAGCUGUUCUUGAUUGGCAAUUACCAGCAUCAGCCAUGGCCUUGUUUUGGUAUACAAGCAUCCCUCACACUCUCAGGUGUUGGAUGUACUGUGUAGAAAUUGCCAAUUGAGAUAAAAGGGAUAGUGGCUGCAAAUGACAUGCUGUUAUGUAAUUUUAUGCAUGUUGAUCGAGGACUUGUUUUGGAUAGUUGAUGUAAUACAGUGAGAAUAAAUACGCCUGAGAUGCUACAGCUUUAUUAUAUUAA